CUUCGUUUCCCAUCGCGAAGUCUCGAUCACCUCCUCCGCUCCCAUCCCACCUUAAUUCAUCCUCAAAAUCGAGGAAUCACAUCUCUCGUUCACUGAGAGUGUAUUUGAUCUUCAAUUGGUCUGUUUUUGUCGCGCGCACGCCCUCCCACACAAUGUUCAUUCAGUCUAUCUCUCGGGCUGCUGCUCGCAGUUCGGCUAUGCCCACCACUGCUAUUCGUUCGUACCGUACUGUCUCGGGCCCAAUGGCUUGCCUGAAUGCCCGUCCUCAGCCUGUAAAGAAGUCUAUCGCUCCCCAGCAGACCCGCGCCGCUUCCGAGCACGCCAUCUCGAAUCCCACACUCGCCGGUAUCGAGAAGCGCUGGGAAGCUAUGCCCCCUCAGGAGCAGGCUGAGCUGUGGAUGCAGCUGCGGGACCGUAUGAAGGUUGACUGGCACCAGAUGACUCUCCAAGAGAAGAAGGCCGCCUACUGGAUUGCCUUUGGUCCUCAUGGCCCUCGCGCACAGGCUCCUAAGGGAGAGGGUCUCCGAAUUUUCGCCAAGGUCGUCCAGCUCACUGCCGUCUCCGUCGCCCUGUUCUACGCCAUCCACUACUUCGCUAAGCCCCAGCCUAAGACCAUGAGCAAGGAGUGGCAGGAGGCCUCCAACGAAUACGCUAAGGCCGAGAAGAUCAACCCUAUCUAUGGUGUCAGCGCCGAGGGUUACGAAGGCAAGGGCUUCGUUCAGAGCCCUCCUGCUGAGAAGUCAUAGAUUGUAGGCCGGUGACCCGGGCGGACCAGGUAUAGCAAUUGGACAAGCUGGAUAGGAUGUGCUGGGUAUCUAAUGGAUACCUAUCGCCGUCCACCUUCCGUUUUCUGAUGCCGCCGGUUCUGUGCCUAUCUUUGCGUGCGCACUUCCCUUCGCCUCUGUCUUAUUUGUUUCGCCCAAUGUCAGCCCAAAAGACUUGUAUCUCGUACUGUGCCAUAAUCAAUGUAUCUCCUUUGUAGCCAUAGAAUCUAUCGUUGUGAGUGGUAGUAACCAUCUAUCAAAAAUCUGUGGAUGUCGGGUAUAGAUAUAUAAUUUUUUAUGUAGAUAGCGAUGAUCAUUUCCCUAAGGACUACUGGAAUUUCUUCGCCCGGAGAAUGGUUGGUAUUACAAUUGUCGACUGUGAUGUUUACGCCGGAGUUACAUGACGGUUGUUGGAGAGGUGCUUAUAUUAUGUAUGC